AUGCUUGGGAAAAAAUCAAACCGGUCCUCAAAUUUUACCAUAUAUGAAAAGAUUGAUUUGUUGAAACUUGUACGGCCUUACAUUAAAGUGCUGGAGGUUCAUAAGAAUAACCAGGCUGUGAUAGUUGAGAAGAAUCGUUGCUGGGAAAGCAUAGCUCACCAAUACAAUGCUAUUGGAGUGGGUCGUCCAUCUCGCAGUGCACAAGCUUUGCGAACAUUAUAUAAACGGAUUAAAGAAAGUGCCAAACAAGAGCUAGCCAGGAGAGAACAGCUGCAUCCAGAAUAUAAAGGAAACGUCUCUGAGCCAACCAGAAGAAUUCUAGAAAUGAUACCACACAUAUUACAACCGUUUUUGAAGGUGGUAGAUGGUGACGACUUACAAAGGCUUGGUGGAAAUUCUGCAUCUGAACAAGGUUCUUGUGUGGAACAACCUGCCAGCUUGCAUCCUCAGUCUGGAACCUCUGGUCAUCCAUCUCACUCCUGCUCUGAUUGGAUUACGCCAGAGUCAGAAGCGGAACCUGAACCUGAGGAAAAGCCUCCUCCAGUAUUAACUCUUCCAUCACAACCAAGUGAGAGUGCUGAGCAGCAGAAGAGGAAGGAGACUCCGGAGGCCACAAAUGGCUCUGCUACACCGUUUUCCUCCUGCGAGGAACAGGUAUCCCUAACGCCAUCCCCUCGACCCGCAAGAAGAGAAGAUUUUUUGGUCAGGCAUCAACGCCGUCACCAAGGUUCUUCACAUCCCGUGACCGGACAUGAGGAUGGAGAACUACAGUGGAUGUCAGCAGAGGAACAUGAGAUAAUUAUGGAAAAUCAGAGGAAGUUUGGACUAUACCUUGAUGAAAAAAGAGAAAGCCUUAAGAGAAAACAAGCAUUAGAGGAAGACUUGUUAAGGGCAAAAAUCAGGGUGGAAGAAUUAAAGGCAGAAAGAUUGCAACAAGGAUUGCCUGUUUCCCAAGAUAAAUGAUGUUGUGAAUACGUACAGUAUUUCCCUCAGCCAAUGUGGGUUUUCAUAAAUAACUUCUUUACUAAAUUUUAGAUGAACUAAAGUUCAAUUUAAUUAUCGUUCAACCUUACAUGAAUACAGCCAAACGAAACAGCAUUCCUCUGGGGCCAACGUGCAAGAUACAGUACCAGCAGCAUAUAGCACAUAUAGUUAUGAUAGCAGAAAACAUUCAGUCACGCAAAAAAAAUGUAUAGCCCAAGUCUUUGAGUGGUGUGGCCUGUAGAUUAAUGGUGUAGAGGAUGUUAUCCUUGUCCAGCCUGUCUUUCCACUGAGCAAACACUGGAGACCAGCACUAAGCAUAUACCAACAGGAGGGUCCAGCUGCC